CAAUCCAUACAGUUCCACAACGAACAGCCAUAUCGCAACAACUGCAAAGAUGAAGUUUGUCAUAGCAAGUGCAUUGUUUAUCUGCCUGAUGCGUGGCAUUGCCACCACCGACUAUUGUGAUCCCUCACUCUGUGGCGAGGAUGAGACGCACAUUGCCUGCGACAACGAUGGCGACUUCCUGAGCGAUUGUCCCGAUGAUGCACGCUUGCUGGAGAUCGAUGAGGAGGCUCAGGAUAUCCUGGUGGCUGCCCACAAUGCGGUGCGUGAGGAAUGGGCCAGCGGUCAGGGCAAAGUGCCUGAGAAGGCCUGUCGCAUGGCCACCGUGCACUGGGACGAUGAAUUGGCUAGCCUCGCCGAAUUGAACGUGAAGCAAUGCAAGAUGGAACACGAUGAAUGCCACAGCACCAAGGAAUAUCCCAACUCCGGACAGAAUCUCUUCUACACCGGCUACAAGGGAGGCAAUCCUCCCGACCUCAACGGCAUCCUCGAGAUGGCUGUCAAGGAUUGGGCCGAAGAGGGUGACUUCGUCGACGAAGAAAUACUUGCCGAAUAUCCCGACAACUACGAGGGACCCACCAUCGGUCACUUUACAAUGGUCGCCCAGGAACUUAAUGUGGCUGUCGGCUGUGCCGUUUCCAACUAUGUGAACGAGAGGGGCUUCAACACAUUCCUUGUUGCCUGCAACUAUGCCACAACCAACUUCAUCACGCUGCCUGUCUAUCGCGCCUGUUCCUCAGCUGGCGAGGAGUGCACAUCGGGACCCAAUCCCGAAUACCCGGCCCUCUGCUCCUCUGACGAAGAUGUCGUCUACAACUAAAGGUCGAGACAAACACAGACUGGCAUUGUUUGGUUUAAUGGAUUCUCUUUCCGCACAUUUAUAAUUAGCUAUAAUCCUUGUACUAUUCGCUUAUGUAUCUCUUCUAAAUUUCAAUAAAGCUGAGCAUAUUAAAA